CUUUCAAUACGGGGUUCUGCCCACACCACCGACCUGCCCACUCGCCCUCCUCCUGGGCACCUUGACCAGAGCUCUGGAUCUUAGCUUGCUGUCCCUGUGACCCUGGAUGUCCUAGUCUAGUGUCUGGUGCUCUGAGAUGGAGUCAGUUUGGGAAAUGUGUGGGGCGGGGGAGACUCUUUCCCCUGAGGCAGACAGAGGAGGUGUGAACUUUACUCCCCAAACCUGGCUCAGAUCCAGAAUUGUCAGCAGGGCCCCUGGGGCAUCAGUCCCUCCCUGGCUCGGGGGUUCCCUGGGCCUCUUGCCUCCCACAGCUCAUGGCUCCCCACCCUCCCUUCAUACUGGGUGGGGCAUGAGCACAGAACAACUUCUUCUGACUGCUGCCCAAGCCUCAGUCCACUGUCAGCUUCCACGUUGUCUUAGAGUCACAAAAGUCCAAGAGGCUUCCUGGGAAUGUGUCAUCUUCCAGCGUGGAGUCACACGGGGGAGGGAGGCGGGGAGGGCAGGCUGGUGGGAGUUUAAAUGGCUGGCUGGCUCUGAGCUUUGGUCAGUUUGGACAGCAGCACAGGUGGAGCUGCCUGAGAGCCUCUCCCGUUGCGCCGUCUGAUUCCAGAAAGGAUCCAGUGCAGCCCGGUGAGAAGCCCAGGAUGUUCCUGAGGGCUGUGGUCCUGACCCUGGCCCUAGUGGCUGUCACCGGUGCCCGGGCUGAGGUCAGUCCCGACCAGGUGGCCACCGUGGUGUGGGACUACUUCAGUCAGCUGAGCAACAAUGCCAAGGAAGCCGUGGAACAUCUCCAGCAGUCUGAGCUCACCCAGCAGCUCAAUGCCCUCUUCCAGGACAAGCUUGGGCAAGUGAACACCUAUGCGGAUAACCUGCAGAAGAAGCUCGUGCCCUUCGCCACUGAGCUGCACGAACGCCUGACCAAAGACUCGGAGAAGCUGAAGGAAGAGAUUCGGAAGGAGCUGGAGGAGCUGCGGGCACGGCUGCUGCCCCACGCCAACGAGGUGAGCCAGAAAAUCGGGGACAAUGUGCGCGAGCUGCAGCAGCGCCUGGGGCCGUACGCGGAUGAGCUGCGCACCCAGGUCAACACUCACACUGAGCACCUGCGGCGCCACCUGACGUCCCACGCGCAGCGCAUGGAGGCCGUGCUGCGCGAGAACGUGGACAACCUGCAGUCCUCACUGACGCCCUACGCAGAUGAGUUCAAGGCCAAGAUCGACCAGAACAUAGAAGAGCUCAAGGGGCAUCUCACGCCCUACGCCGAUGAGCUCAAGGUCAAGAUCGACCAGAACGUGGAAGAGCUGCGUCGCAGCCUGGCUCCCUACGCGCAGGACGUCCAGGAGAAGCUCAACCACCAGCUCGAGGGACUGGCCUUCCAGAUGAAGAAGAAUGCCGAGGAGCUGAAGGCCAAGAUCACGGCCGAUGCCGACAAGCUGCGGCAGAGGCUGGCGCCGGUGGCCGAGGACGUGCGCGGCAAGCUGAGGGACAACGCCAAGGGACUGCAGGAGUCACUGGCCCAGCUCAACAGCCACCUGGACCGGCAGGUGGAGGAGUUCCGCCGCAACCUGGGGCCCUACGGCGACACCUUCAACAAAGCCCUGGUGCAGCAGGUGGAGGAGCUCAGGCAGAAGCUGGGCCCCUACGCAGGCGGGAUGGAAGACCACCUGAGCUUCCUGGAGAAGGAUCUGAGAGACAAGGUCAACUCUUUCUUCAGCACCCUCAAGGAGAAGGAGAACCAGGACAUGCCUCUGGCCCUCCCCGAGCAGGAGCAGGCGCCAGGCCCUUUGGAGAGCUGAGCUGUCCCUGGUGCUCCCACGCGACCAGGAACACCUGCCCUGCCCGGCCACCGGUCUGUCUGUCUGUCCCAAGGCAGUUCUUGUACAAGCUUGAGGACACAUGUCCAGUGGAAAGAGACACUACCUCUCGCUACUCAAUAAAGCUGCUGAGAAACUA